GGAUCCCAGCUGUGAACAUUCUUAUGCACGCCUUGGACGAACAUGCCUUGUCACUUCUGCAGGGCAUAUGCACGUCGGGGUGGAGUUGACCGCUGUAGUACCUCGCGCACACAGUGUCCCAGAGCUGUGGUAGUGGUUUACAGUCCACCAGUGGGUUGAGAGGUCCCAGACCUCUAAAUGUACUGUAUAUUUGUCAUGUUUACCAUCUUGGCGACGUUAAUUGGACCAUUAACAACCUGGUGUGUAACUGUGACGGAUUUAAAGCUUAGGCUUGUUGACAGGUAGGAGGAGGUCGUGGGAGGCCUCAGGCCACCUGAAAGGCCGUACUGCAGCAGCCCUUUCCUCCCCUGCCCCGGUUUGCUGUGUCCACACUUGCUAGGAUUGCUGGCUCGCAGCUGUCCUCUGGGAGGCCUGGGCUUUCCUGUUCUGUCAUUGCCUUUCCAGAUCUUGGUGUAUGACACACAGCACUGGAGAGACAUGUUCGGAGUGGGAAAGCCAGUGGAUGCUUUGCAUGUGGGAUGGAAAACGGAUUCCGAGUCUAUAACACCGAUCCGCUUAAAGAAAAAGAGAAACAAGAAUUUCUGGAAGGAGGAGUUGGCCAUGUUGAAAUGUUAUUUCGCUGCAACUAUUUAGCUUUAGUUGGUGGUGGGAAAAAGCCGAAAUACCCCCCCAACAAAGUGAUGAUCUGGGAUGACCUGAAAAAGAAGACUGUUAUUGAAAUAGAGUUUUCUACAGAAGUCAAGGCAGUCAAGCUGCGGCGAGAUCGAAUUGUGGUGGUUUUGGACUCAAUGAUUAAGGUGUUUACAUUCACACAUAACCCCCAUCAAUUGCAUGUGUUUGAAACCUGCUAUAAUCCUAAAGGCCUCUGCGUCCUGUGCCCCAACAGUAACAACUCCCUCCUGGCCUUCCCGGGCACACACACAGGCCACGUGCAGCUCGUGGACCUGGCCAGCACCGAGAAGCCGCCCGUGGACAUUCCAGCCCACGAGGGCGUCCUCAGCUGCAUUGCUCUUAACCUGCAGGGAACAAGAAUCGCAACCGCAUCUGAGAAAGGGACCCUUAUAAGAAUAUUUGAUACUUCAUCAGGGCAUUUAAUCCAGGAAUUACGAAGAGGGUCUCAAGCCGCCAACAUCUAUUGCAUUAACUUCAAUCCGGACGCUUCCCUCAUCUGCGUGUCCAGUGACCACGGCACCGUGCACAUUUUUGCUGCCGAAGAUCCAAAAAGGAAUAAACAGUCUAGUCUGGCCUCCGCCAGCUUCCUCCCAAAGUACUUCAGCUCCAAGUGGAGUUUCUCCAAGUUUCAGGUGCCCUCAGGCUCUCCGUGCAUCUGUGCCUUUGGAACGGAGCCAAAUGCCGUCAUCGGGCUUCCCGUUUCCAGUAUUAAAGAAGGAUCAUCCUCCCGGCAGUGUAGACGCUCCCGUGGCUCUGAGCAGCCAGGCCCGACUGCUGGCCUGUCACCCGUACUCCAGCUGUGACGCUUGCUUCCGUGCUUCCACCACCCCCGCCUGUGCCCCGUGCCCUGGGCGCUCCGCACAUGGACUGCGCUGACACAGCGAUGGACGCAUUAAAAUUUGUUUUGGCCGCAGAUUCCAUCAUUUUCCCUGAGUCUGUCACGGGGGGUGAGCACACGUGUCCGUGUUCGUCCUGACGGCCCCGGGUCUCCAUGUGGGGCCACGGUACCAGCAGCCUUAGAACAGGAGGGAGGGGUUCCUUCUCCAUCUGGACGUGAGCAACGACUCCACCGUGCUGGGGAGCCCGGGGUGGCGCCCCCUGCGCCGCGACCCCGCCGUCCCCAAGCCUGUCGCCAGCCUCGCAGCAGCUGCGUGCCCACGGGGCACCGUCCUGUCGGAGCUGCUGGAAUCGGGGCAGAGGCCCGGCGCUCCGUGGGCUCGCCCCCAGGUUUCCAUCGUGUGCAUGGGGAGCAGCGCGUAGCUCUUCAGACCAGCCCCCAGGAGGGCGGCACCUGACGGGGAUGGAGGGGGGCCAGGCAUCGGGCUCACAGGCCACAGCCGCGGGCAGUGCUGGGGCGAAAGGCCCACCAGGACCUUUCCUGGCAUUUGGGGCUGAGGCCAGUCAUGGGCUCUGUGGUGUUAGUGCUCCCGGAAGUAUGUAUUUGAUUUUCUUAAAUUCCUUUUAAAGAAAUCUAGUUUCACGGUUCUGGUUUCCGGUUGUGAACGUUGAAAGUCUGGGGCUGCAGCUGUCGUCCUGCCAGUUCUUUUACUGUCAUGUAACCAACUCCCUUUGUACGUGGAUUUCAGUGUAAAGUCUGCAUGUUCCUUUUGUGUGUAUUUAAUCAUGAAAUUUAAUUUUGCACUUAUUUGUAAUGUUCCUUUUAAAUAAAAGUGACUAAUUUUGUUGUAGUCCGUA